AUGGAUCGAUCUCAAUCUCUAAAUGCUCCACCAUAUUUUGAUGGUAGCAACUAUGCCUUUUGGAAAGUUCGGAUGAAGGCAUUCUUAUGUUCAAUUGAUGAAAGUGUUUGGGAUGCAGUAGAUGUAGGAUGGACUAGGCCAAAGGCCGCUAAAUCCACAUGGGAUAAGGCGGCUCUUGCGGUAGCAAAUGCAAAUAGCAAAGCACUAAACGCUAUUUUUUCUGGUGUUUCUCUAGAUGAGUUACACAAGAUUUCUCACGUAACAGUUGCCAAGGACGCAUGGCAGAUAUUAGAGACCACCUAUGAAGGCACGAAGGAGCUGAUUGAGGUGGUUAUUGGCAAGUUCAAUUUGGGUGAGAAAACAGAGGAAUCAAAGAUAGUGAGGAAAAUCCUUCGAUCAUUGCCAGAGAGCUUCCGUGCAAAAGUUACAGUUUUUGAAGAGAGUAAGGAUUUUGAUAAUAUUAAGGUUCAAGAACUAAUUGGCUCACUUCAAACAUAUGAGCUAUCAUUGCCAUCAAAAAGGAAGAGCAAAUCCCUUGCGCUUAAGACAAUUAAUGAGAGGGUGGAAGCUCACGAAUCUUUGGAUGAGGAUGAGGUCGAUAAAGAUGUGACAUAUCUUGUGAAGAAUUUUCGAAAGUUCUUAAAGUUCAAGAAGAAUGGAAAGUUUGCUGAGAAGGGAAAAUUCCCAAAUUUUGGAAAGGAGAAAAAGGAUUUCAAGAGGAAAGAUGAGAAGGGCUCUCAAUCCUCUCAAGGAAUCACCUGCUUCGAAUGCAACGGACAUGGACAUCUUAAGAAAGAGUGUCCCAAUUAUUUGAGAGCAAAGGGCAAAGUGUAUGCUACUACUCUAAGUGAUUCAGACUCCUCUAAUUCAGAUUCAGAUGAAAGCUGUGAUGGAGAGGGAAACUUCUCUGCAUUCAUGACCAUUGCUCCUAUGGAAUAUUCGGAUGAUUUGGGUGCGCUUGUGGAAGAGCUUGGAGAGCACAUUGAAUUGGAGUCAAUUAGGAUAGUUGAGGAAUCUGAUGAUGAGGAAGAUGAAGGAACAGUGGGACUGCAAGAGACCUACAAUUCUCUCCUUGAGAAGACCGGUGAAUAUGCAAAAUUGGUUAACGCAGCCAUUAAAAAGAUGAAGAGGGCAGAGAAAGAUUAUAGAAGUCUUCUAGUGCAAUACAAGGAGACUAAAUGUGAAAUGGAGACGCUGAAUGGAGAGUUGAUCGAAGCCUACUCAAAGAUAAAAUUUCUUGAGCUUAAGGUGGUUCAAGCUAAUGCUAAAGUAGAGCAAGUCUCCUCCAAGAAGCUUGAUGAAUUGGAUGCUCAUCAAAAACCAUUCUCUGAUAGAAGCGGGUUAGGAUACACCAGAGAGAGCAGUUCAGCUGCGAAUAUAUCCAAGGAAAUGAAGUUUGUGAAAGCCAAAGAACUGAUGGUAGCUACCACGAAUGCUAAGAAAGUGAAGUCAAAGAAGAAGAGAAAUGUGACUGACCAACGAUUUAUGACUAAGCCUCCUAACCAAUCAAUGGUCAAACCUAAGGGUAAAGGGAAAUCACUCCCAAAGUCACAAAGAGGUCCGAGAACCCAACACUUCUGCCAUCACUGUGGAAUUCAAGGUCACACCAAACCAAAUUGUCAUAAGCUUCAAGCAUUGAAGAAUUCAAGAGCUUAA